UUUUUAAUUCAACACAGCUGGAGACCUGUUAUCCGCUUUCUACUCCGUAGUGUUGUUGGCGUGUUCACUUUGAAGUACGGUCACAUACCAACCACUGAGCCGUUUUCAUAAAAUUUACUUUUUGUAUUCGUUUAAAAUGAUAUUUUGACGGUUUUUGCUUCUUCAAUCAAGGCGGCAUGGUUAUUUUUAUAAGCUGGUAUACCUCUUCCAGCACUCUGCAGAUUUAGUGGACUUACGAUUUAAAAUCAUGGUUUGAUCCGUUUUGUACAUUUGGAAAGAAUAUUAUUGGGUUUAAUAUUUGGUGACCGAUCCAAACGUCAGAUCUUGAUUGAUACUGUACUGCUCAUAAUGUGAUCAUGGAGCAUUGCGGGGCUUUAAAGUUUAAGAGCUCACUGUGAUCAGCUUCAAGGUCUCGGAUAACCAGCUACUUGUGCUGAUGUUGCUGAGCUGAGAAAAUGGCUGAUCGUAGCGUUCAGUCUGCGGUAAUAAAAUCUGUGAAAACGAAUUCGCUUAAUCGGCGGAUGACAAAACUGCAGUCGUUUUCCCAAAGGGUCCAGUUGGAUACAGUUUUGGGUCUGACAGUAACUUCAAACGCUGGCCUUGCUGUACACCCCACCACUGGGAUAAUUGCCUACACUGCUGGCUGCUCCGUGGUUCUGCUUGAUCCUGUGUCUGAUACGCAGCAGCAUUUAAUUGUUCCGAACAAGAGAACUUUGAGUGCCGUAACAUUCAACAAGGACGGACGAUAUUUAGCUAGCGGAGAGUGCGGACAAACCCCUUGCCUGCGCAUCUGGGACACAAAAGAGUCGACUCAGAUUUGUGAACUGACGGGUCACAAGAAUGGCAUUACUCUUGCUGCAUUUUCACCUGAUUCACAGUUUUUAAUCUCUGUCGGCACUCAUCACGACAACCUUGUGAUUGUUUGGGACUGGCGCAAUAAUCGAAAAGCGGCCACAAAUAAAGUGACAUGGGAGGUAAAAGGGAUAGCGUUCUCGGAAGACGGCUCAUUUUUUGUGACCGUUGGAAACCGUCAUGUAAAAUACUGGUAUUUGGAAUUAGAAAAGAACGCCCGAGCGGAUAUUGUGCCGCUGAUCGGCCGUUCUGCCGUGUUGGGCGAAUACAAAGAUGAAUGUUUCUUGGAUGUUGUGUGCGGGAAAGGAAUCUGUGCCGAAUACACAUACGCGGUUACACAAUCGGGACAUGUUUGCCAGUUUAACAGUCGAAGAUCUCUGGAAAAACUGAUGCCACUGAAGAAUUCCGCCGGAACUUGUUUGAGCGCUGGUGAGACCGGUAUUGUUGUUGGCUGUGCUGCGGGCAUGGUCCGAGUUUUCGAUCCUACCAUGCUGACCCUAACGAAAAUGCUUCCGCUACCUCACCACUUGGGUUUGGACGUUACAAAAUUUACGAAAGCCGACCAACUGAGCCGGAGAAACACAGACGGAAUUACCUAUCCUGAAUGCGUAGCGAUUGCUUUUGAUGAGUUACACGACCGCGUUAUCGUCAUAUUUAAUGACCACAGCCUCUAUGUGUGGGAUAUUCAUGAUCCGGAUCGAACGUCAAAAUUGUGCUCUCAUCUGUACCAUAGCCGCUGUGUAUGGGGUGUCGAUGUGUAUGCACCGACCCAUUUAAGAAAGUCGAAGCCAUUAUUGCCUUUAGGUUCUUUCCUGUCGUGCUCCAGUGAUGAUACAAUUCGCAUGUGGAAUAUAAAUGCCACCAGACUGACCACGGAUUCCACACCAACAAAUGUAUUUUGUACCUAUACACAAAAAAUUCUGUACAAUGACCCGACACUUCAGUACAUUUGCAACAAAGAGAUCAAUCCAGGGGGUGUUGAUCCUUUGGAUGUGCACGCGGACAGCAAAUACGGUAUCCGUUGUGUGAGGAUUGAUCCGUAUGGCGAACAGAUUGCUUGUGGUGAUCGCAUGGGGCACAUUCACAUUUAUGAGCUGAAUUCCAUGAAGGAGACCUAUAAAAUUGAGGCACAUGAUUCCGAAGUGUUAUGUCUGGAGUACAGUAAACCAGAUUCAGGUUAUGAGCUGCUGGCAUCCGCUUCACGAGAUAGACUGAUCCAGGUCUUCGACGUGAAAAAUGAUUACGAUUGUUUACAAACGUUGGAUGAUCAUUCGUCGAGUAUUACGGCACUACGUUUUGCCACACUAAACGGUGCCCGGCAAUUUGGCUUGAUCAGCUGUGGAGUCGAUAAAGCGGUGAUUUUACGUACCGUUCAGUACAGCCCGGAAGGCGGACCAAAACUGAUCCUGAACGAUCAAAUACUGUCCAAAGGCGGGAUCGUGUAUGAUAUGGAUAUUGAUCCUACGUCGCAGAGUAUUAUUACUGCAAACCAGGACCGGCAGUUACGAGUGUACAGUAUUAAGAGCCGCAAAUUGGAGAAAACCAUUAAAGGCUCGGCUAGCGAUGAAGGAGCGCUGAUUAAACUGGAUCUGCAUGAUUCGGGAAGGUUUAUUGCCACCAGCUGCAGUGACAAAAAUCUAGCUAUUAUCGACAUGGUUGGUGGGGACUGUUGGGCGGCUUUUUCCGGGCAUUCGGAGAUCGUAACUGGAUUGAAGUUUAACAAGGAAGAAUCAACAUUGAUAUCAGUUUCCGGCGACGGGUGCAUUUUUGUAUGGAAAGUAGCGGCGGAUCAAAACGUUUCCAGUCCGAAAACUCCACUAUCUGAAUUGGACCGAUCAAUGCCCUUAAGCCCAAUGAACAGUGUGACGAGCUUUUCCGAGCUUAGUAUAAACGGCAGUGAUGCUGUGGAUGAAGAACUUGAAGAUAUUUUCCAUAAUACGCCUAUGGAGAACUCUUUACCAGGCUGGGCAAAGAAUGCAGAGGGGAAAGUACUAAAUUCGCCCAGUCAGGAUUCGAGUGUGCCACGCGUCCGUGGGCGAUGGGCUGAUGAAAUGGACCACAUUUUCUUACAAGAUGAUCUUGUGGGCGAAUCCGCCGAUUCAGAAAUGCACUCUUCACCAAAGCGGGUUUCUCCUUUUGGAGCCGAUCGAUCUUUGGUCAGUCCAUUGCGGAGUGAACGCAGUUUUGCGAGUUCGUCUAGUGAAUCGGUGAAAAGUAUGGAAAGACUGAAAAAAGGUCAGAGCAUGUUUAUACCGUUUGAACAAGAGCCAUUGCCACAGUCAACCAACGGUGUUCCGGGUGCGAAACGCUCCGGACGGCUGAGUGCCCCCUGGGCUGCUCAUGAAGAUGCCGGCCAACGGUCUGCAGUAAAAGCACAACCGUCGCAACCGUCCAUCAUGGGAUUUUUGGGUGAGCCACGGAAGGCUGUCAGGGAUGAAUUGGACGAUGAAGAAAUUCCUCGUCGACCGAUAGCUUCACCUUUGAUCUUUAAGGGCCCUAAUGAUCUGGUUGCUGGUUCUCCAACUGUUCCGGAAUCUGUGCGCGAUGAUUCGGGAAGCAACUCCACUGCCUCUAUCUCAAGCCCUAUGAAUUCCCGGCCCCAUACCCCUUCUGAAGUGGCUAAUAAGUUUUUGAAUCUGAAUGCAUCCGGUAUUGACAAAAUUCUCAAGAGUCGCUUACCUCAUCGCCAGAGUGGUGUCGGCAAGCAUCAAUUAGCAGGGCCACUUACACCUGUCAUCGGCGAUGUGGUUGCAUCACCGGCUCCUGCCUCUGUGGUAACCGUUGCUUUGAAACCGACGCCGCCUAUAUCUCCAUCCAAGAAAUUGAUCCAGAAUGCCAAACUUUCGGCCAACCGGCAAAAAUUUAAAUCGACGCAAAACUUAUCAACACCACUGCAGAGCAGCAGUAUUAUUGAAGAUGACCGUAAUAGUCAAGGUACUGAACCCGCACAGGACAUUCGACGGGCUACGUCAAUGACCAGUCUUGCAGGAAGUGAUUUCAAAGAUCGCAACGGAUUGGACGGCUAUAACAGUUUGCUUGAGCGGGCCAAAGCUCGUUUGGCUCAAACAAAGCCGAAAACGGAAGAUCAUUCCAGUCCGCCUUUAACUGUACCGCAAAGGUCACGGUUAACAUCACUUGAUAAUUCAUUAGACGGUUCGAAUUCUCCUGACGGUGCGGGGCAUCGGGAGAGCCGGGACCGGCGUCCUGUUGGAGGUCGUCUUUCUCUGGGCACUUUAAGAAGUCGUAGUAGCGAACGAAAAGCUCUGUCAACUCCGACCACAAAUACUGCAAAAGAUGAGGAUACGAAUUCAGUCUCCGCCAUUAAACAGAGGUUGGAGCGGCGGGCACGAGAAAGCAGUACUUCGCGGACCAGUGUGACUGCUAGUGAAGACAACGUAGGAGAGUCGCCUACUGCUAAAGCCAUUGCCCUUAUAAAAGCUGGAAUUGGUUUGACCGAUAAGCCACUGGAAAUUAACGGGAAUGGGUUGGGUGUAUCUUUCGAGCAGUGCCGACAACAGUGCAGUGAUCUCGCUGAUGUUACGAACAGUAUUGUUGAAAGUAUUACAAGUGUAUUACAUGGCUCGCCUUCAGAUCUAAAGACCGCUGAAUUGAUCAGCGCGUACUGUGAUACGCUCUCAGAAACGAGAAUCAAAUUCGACAACGUUGCAAAAUUGUUGAAGAAUUGGGACGUUGUCAGGAAAGACGUUGCGGUAUCGGAUUAUCCGGAAGAAAAUUCUAGAGCGACUGUGCUGAAACUUCAGGGACGUGUCAAAAAAUUUGUGGAAUAAGUAUCUUUUUAUUGUGUACAGAAAUGCUAUUAAGUACCCCUUCAGUUUUGAAGAUUUUCAUUGUUUCUUCCAUAGUGCAUUCUAAGGUACGAGAGAUGCCGGUUCUCGUUGCAAAACUCAGAAGCCGGUUGUUUUAGAAAUUGCCAUGAUUUGCAAUAAGUGCCAAAAGUUUUAUUUGUUUUUUGUGGUAUUAUUGUGCCAAGAUGGUUUUGGUGCCUGCCAGUCGUUGAUGUGAGUUACUAGAAUCUUAUCGGUGUCUAAAUUCCGAUUUUUUUAUUUGAAAAAUGUAUAGGAAUAACCAUGCCGUACAAUGUACAGUGUACAUGGGGGCAAAUAAAUGAGACGCUUCACUCGUCAA